AUGGUGACCAAGCGGCAGCUGACGACAGUGCCCACGGACACCACCAACCCCUCCGAGGACUUGCAAGCGAUCUCGGACAGGAACUCCACAGAAUCACCACUGCUCAAUCUCCAACCUGAGAUCCGGAACCGAAUCUUCCUCUACGCUCUCGGCAACAGCACCAUCCAUCUAUGGACUGAUCCCAAGACACAUCAACAGCGAUAUACCGUUUGUUCCGCGAAGAAAUGCACUGAGGGGCUGCUUGAGCAUGUAACAAAAGCUAAGCGGCCCUUCUAUUCAACAUUUCGAAAGUAUUCGUACCCAUGCAACGACAAGGAGCCGAUCCGGCUGCCCCUUCAGCUUCUGCAAACUUGUCGCCAGGUCUAUGAAGAGGCGGCUCUGAUCCCGUUCUCUACCAAUCGCUUUCAAGUCGGGGAUGAAGCCUUCAGGGAGUUUGCAUAUCGGAUCAUGGCUUUUCAGAAGAGAGCAAUCAAGAGCUUGAGUUUGCUCCUGGGUUUAGCAUGGGGCUCUAUCGAGAAGCAUGUAGCCAUGGGCUUCAGAAACCUUCAAGAGCUCAAAGUGGUUGUGCUCCAUGGCAUACAACCGCAGACGCACAGAGGGAAGAUCGAAUGCUUCGCAGGGCUCCCACUACUGGAAUUCUCCAUGCGAGAGUUCCGAGCCAGAAUUGGCGAAGUACAGUCCAACGAUCACGUUGCUAUACGCUCAUAUCUGUUGGAGAAAUGGCACACGGACAGAAAGGUGAAACAUGCAAAGCAACAGAAAGAGAAGCUGAUGGCACAGUCGUUCAAGGAGAAGUAUGAGACGCUCAAGAAGAAAGACGACGAAGGACUGCGCCGAGCUGUGAGCGAUGGUGGCGAGGGAUCUGCGCGUGCUUUGCGGCGACUGAAGCGUAAGCGAGGCGACGACGAUGGGAGCUAG